GAGGAGCAACAGCCUGAGGCUGCUGCAGAUCCAAUGUCCUCCUCUGAUGCACCAGAAGAUGGCCCAAAGGAAACAUCAAGUGUAUCGCAGAAUAUCUCUGAUGCAGAUGCAUUUAAAAUUCUCCUGGAGAUGAAGAUGAAGAAGAGGCAGAAAAAGCCUACUUUGCCAAGCACUGUGACCGAGCUUGACACCGAGGAUGGUUCUAAAGUGUAUGUGGUUGGAACAGCCCACUUCAGUGACAGCAGCAAAAAGGAUGUCGUGAAGACAAUACAAGAAGUGCAACCUGAUGUAGUUGUGGUGGAACUAUGCCAGUACAGAGUUUCUAUGUUAAAGAUGGAUGAAAAGACAUUACUAAAAGAAGCCAAAGAAAUAAAUCUGGAAAAGCUUCAACAAGCUAUAAAGCAGAAUGGAGUCAUGUCUGGAUUGAUGCAAAUGCUGCUUCUGAAGGUUUCUGCUCACAUCACAGAACAGCUGGGAAUGGCCCCAGGAGGAGAAUUCAGGGAGGCUUUCAAGGAGGCCAGUAAAGUACCUUUCUGUAAAUUCCAUCUUGGAGACCGACCCAUCCCUGUUACAUUUAAGAGAGCAAUUGCUGCACUUUCUUUUUGGCAAAAAGUCAAGCUUGCGUGGGGCCUUUGCUUCUUAUCUGACCCAAUCAGUAAAGAUGAUGUGGAGAAAUGCAAACAGAAGGAUUUACUGGAGCAGAUGAUGGCGGAAAUGAUUGGAGAGUUCCCUGAUCUUCAUCGAACUAUUGUCUCGGAACGAGAUAUUUACUUGACCUACAUGCUGAAGCAGGCAGCAAAGCAGAUAGAACUACCUCGAGCUUCAGAAACUGAGCCUAGAAAAUAUAUCCCAGCUGUUGUAGUUGGUGUUGUUGGGAUGGGUCAUGUACCUGGAAUUGAAAAGAACUGGAACUCUGACUUAAACAUCCAGGAAAUAAUGAGUGUGCCUCCUCCGUCAGCGUCAAGUAGGAUUCUCAAAUUUGUCAUAAAAGCAACCGUUUUUGGACUGAUGGGAUAUGGCUGCUACCGAAUAGGUCAAAGGACAGUUCAGUUUAUUCUCUCGAUGCCAGCAGCACAGAGCUAUCUUCAGAAGCUGACAGAAAUAAGGUCUCAGCAUUGAAGAUCAAGUUGGAGGCACUGUGUGAAGAAGGUGGCUGAAAAAGGGUGAUAGAGGCAACAAAUGUGAGCUGGACUGAAAGAAGAGUGAGAUGAGGAUUCUGGUCAGAGGUGAUUGAUGCUGGGCGACGUUGAAUCGCUGUAUAAUAAAAGAUUUGAUACUAAAGUUACACCA